AUGAAUGGGAAAGUAAAUGGAGCAGUGGAGACAUGUAGAGGAGAAGACAAGUUUGUGAUGUCAAAGAAGUUCAAGAGUUACCUCAACUUCUCAAACCCAACAAUUGCCAGAAACUUUGAUCCAGAGGAAUGCGCUUGGGCUUACGGGAUGAAUGUUUUCGACUUAGCGGCUUGGAGAAAGACUAACAUAAGCUCCACUUACUAUCACUGGCUUGAUGAGAACUUAAAAUCAGACCUGAGUUUGUGGCAGCUGGGAACUUUGCCUCCUGGGUUGAUAGCUUUCCACGGUCAUGUACAGACCAUAGAUCCGUUCUGGCAUAUGCUCGGUCUGGGAUACCAAGAGACCACGAGCUUUGCUGAUGCUGAAAGUGCGGCUGUUGUACAUUACAAUGGAAGAGCUAAGCCUUGGCUUGAUAUAGCUUUUCCACAUCUACGUCCUCUCUGGGCUAAGUAUCUUGAUUCCUCUGACAGGUUCAUCAAGAGCUGUCACAUUAGAGCAUCAUGA